GUUAACUAUCUUUAGACUUCUUUAUCUGUCACGGUGUGGUGUGGUGGAGACAACAAUAUCCAUCGGAUAAGGGAGAUUUACUUUAGUGCAGUUUCAUGGUUGUUUCAGAUAAGAAAACUUUGAAUCCUUUCAUGUUUGCUUCUGGUAUCAAAAUGUUUGAUUCAAGAAAGAACUAACCUAGAACACAAAUCAUUAUCAGUAUUUAAGUUUUGUGUCACACGUUUUCGCUUUAGAUUUUAUUGUAUUAAGGCUUUGAGUGGAGUUUCUCAAAUGAGUAAAUAUCGAAAACUAUCAAAAAACAUAAUCGUGUCUUGUGUCAUCUUCCUGUUGAGUCGUCUUUGGCGGCUUCAAAGGGUCUUUCUCUUCCUCAGAUCAAAUGUGCAAAUAUCAAUGGUGUGGUAGGAGUUAAAAGAUAUGGUGCAAAUUUAUAUAUUAUCUAUUCUAAUAAUUGAAUCGUGAAGAGACCAAUUCCCCCACUUGUGUUCAUUUUGACUUUUAAGAAACAGUUGACUUUUUUCCCCAGACGAUUCCUUUAAAUCCAAUUAAAGAACCUUACAACGAAAUCUUGCAGAAUCACAAAUGGUUUCCGACACGAACUCACUUCAACUUCAUCUCCUCUUCUUCUUCCUCUUACUUUCUCUCUCCCCUUUCGCAACUGCGCAACAGCCUUAUGUCGGCACAUCAACCACCGACUGUUCCGUCGUCGAUAACUCAACCUCCGUUCUCGGUUACACAUGUAACGGCCUCAACAAAACCUGCCUUACCUACGUCAUUUUCCGAUCAACUCCUCCUUUCUCCACCGUCUCCUCCAUCUCUUCCCUCUUCUCCGUUGACCCCUCUCUCGUCUCCUCCCUCAACAACAACGCCUCAACAACCUCCUCCUUCCCUUCUGAUCAACAAAUCAUCGUCCCUGUAACUUGUUCUUGCUCCGGCAACAACAACUAUUCUCAAUCCAAUCUCACCUACACGAUCCAACCAAACGAUUCUUAUUUUCGCAUAGCCAACAACACUCUUCAGGGACUUUCGACAUGUCAAGCUUUGGAGAGACAGAACAAUGUUUCGUCUACUUCUCUGUUUCCUGGUAUGAGGAUCGUUGUUCCGAUUCGUUGCGCUUGUCCCACGGCUAAACAAGUCGAUGAAGAUGGGGUGAACUAUCUUGUGAGCUACACAGUGGUUUUUGGAGACACGGUGGAGAUCAUCAGCCAGAGAUUCGGCGUCGAGACGAACAAGACUUUAGUAGCUAACCAAAUGUCUUUUGAAGAUUUUGGAGUUUUCCCUUUCACCACAAUUCUUGUUCCUUUGCAGAAUCCUCCUUCAAAUCUCAACUCUCUGGCUCCUCCUCCUCCUCCUCCUCCACCGUCUCCUCCGCCUCCAUUGUCGCCGGACGGUGGGAAAUCGAAGAGAACUUGGGUUUAUGUUCUUGCCGGAGUUCUUGGAGGAGCUUUGGUUUUGACUGUGAUUGGUGCAGCCAUUCUCUGUGUGGUCAAGAAGAAAUCUAAAAAAGAAGAAGAAAGGGCAAAUCUCGAUAGCUUCACGGCCAAGAAACCACCGAUCUCCGAUCAAGAAUCAGAGUUCGACCCGUUGGAUGGUUUAUCAGGUAUGGUGGUUGAUACCUUAAAAGUUUACAAAUUUCACGAGCUGCAAUCUGCGACGAGCGAUUUCACUUCCUCUAGCUCGAUCGGAGGGUCAGGGUACAUCGGAAAAAUCAACGGCGAUGGUGCAAUGAUCAAGAAAAUCGAAGGGAACGCAUCCGAGGAGAUAAACUUAUUGUCGAAACUUAACCAUUUCAACAUCAUCCGUCUCUCUGGAUUCUGUUUCCAUGAAGGAGACUGGUACUUAGUCUACGAACACGCUUCUAAUGGGAGCUUAAGCGAUUGGAUUCACGCGAAAUCGUUCUUGAGCUUGGCUCAAAGAUUGCAAGUGGCUUUAGACGUAGCAACGGGGCUUAACUAUCUACAUGAUUUCGCAGAUCCUCCUUACGUUCAUAGGGAUUUAACCAGCGGAAAUAUCUUCCUCGACUCUGAAUUUCGAGCAAAGAUUGGUAAUUUAGGUUUAGCAAGAUCGACUGAAAAAGGUGGAGAUUACGUUUUGACGAAACACGUGCAAGGAACAAGAGGGUAUUUAGCUCCUGAGUAUUUAGAACAUGGGUUGGUUUCGACUAAGCUUGAUGUUUAUGCUUUUGGUGUUGUGUUCUUGGAGAUUGUUACUGGUAAAGAAGCUUCUGAAUUGAAGAAGGAGAUCGACGAAGGCGUUGCAAUGGAGGAGAUCUUGAUUCGUGGAAGCUUCUUACCUGAAGGAUUAGUGAGUUUUGUGGUUAAAUUGGUGAUUGAUUGUUUGAAAAAAGAUCAUUUGAAUCGUCCAUCAAUGGAUGAAAUUGUUUUGUCUCUGUCCAAGAUCUUGACGGCUUCGAAAAGCUGGGAAUCAUCGUAUUAAAUUUAAGGCCCAAUAUGUUUUGCGCUUAUUGACCCAAUAGAAUAUAUUUUUUUUGUUUUUGUUGCCGGUGUUGAAUACAACAACUCAAAAGGAUUAUGGAUG